CACACUCGCCUCAUCUCUCGACGGCGUCCGCCUCGCCUCCACCACCUCUCCGCUGCUUCCUUUUCUGGCGGCCAGCCUCGUUAGCGCUUCCUUAAUGGAAACCUACAGCCGUCGCCGCAGCAGACCCAUGCAACCUCGUUUCCCUCCUCGGGCAUUCCUCUAAGCCCAUGCCAUGUUGCUGCCCUUUCUCCCGGCACUGUUGGCCAUUUUCGUUCCAUCCUUUCCCUCCCGAGGCUGCUCUCCCUCGGCUUCUUCAGAGUCUGGACGAAAAGAACGGACAAGACUCACUUUGCCGCCUCUCAACUCCUCUUCCUCCCCCAAGUCCUUUGAGGAUGGGGGCACGUUUCCGACAGACUUUGAGGAAGGGGGAGGAGAGGCCACCAAGGCGGCGGCGGCUGUAGCUACUCUUUCACCUGAGUCUCCCCGACCCGCGCCCCAGCAGGAGCAGCAGCCCCGCGAGGAGCCGGCGUGCAACAUAAGCGUGCAGAGACAGAUGCUGAGUUCAUUGCUGGUGCGCUGGAGCCCGUUGGGCUUCCAGUGUGACCUCGUGCUCUACUCCACCAGUGGUCCCGGCGGGCGAGCCUUUUUCUCGGCCUCCUUUCAUCGCGUUGGGCCGCCACUGCUCAUCGAGCAUCUUGGGCUAGCACCUGGCGGCAUACAGCAGGACCUCCGCCUAUGCGUGGGCUGCAGCUGGGCUCGAGGUAGGCGCGUCGGCCGCCUUCGCCCGGGCGCCUCCAAACCAGCGUCGUCGUCUCCUCCUUCGGCUGCACUCUACUCCUGGUCCACUCCGGACCACGGACAGCCUUGGCAGCAAGGGGAACGGCUCCACUUCUGCUGUCUGGAUUUCAGCUUGGAGGAUCUCAAGGGAGAUCCAGGCUGGAGGAUGAAUCGCAAGCCCAUCGAGUCCACCCUGGUGGCCUGUUUCAUGACUCUGGUCAUCAUCGUGUGGAGCGUGGCCGCCCUCAUUUGGCCGGUGCCCAUCAUCGCCGGCUUUUUGCCUAACGGCAUGGAGCAGCGGAGGAGUGCCCCCACCUCGACAUCUGGAACAACUGCAUCGAAAUGACCGCCUUCCUCCCGUAUCUGGUUCGAUGUCACCUGAGUCAUAUAGUUGAGGGGCUCCGGAUUGAGAAUCUUGCUAUAAAUUAAUUAUUUUUUGUAAUUUAAAAGGAAUCUAUUUUGUAAAUUAUUAUGUUAAAGCCAUCUUCUUGAUGUUGGAUGUAGAAGGCUGGAAUUAGGUAGAAAUCUUCAAACUGGAUUGAAGAACCUAUACCUGCUUCUCGUUAAUUUAUACCUGCUUCUAGUUAGUUUAUAGGUAUAUUUAUAAUGUGCUCAAAUUCAUAUCUAAUGAAAUGACCAAAAGCUGUGUAUUUGCUUUAUAUAUUAAAAAGAAACUCUUUUAAGUCAAUAUUUUAGUAGCAACGCACACAGAAGUCCAGUGCAUUUUGCAGUAGUUAUAAGUUAUUUGUAUACAAAUCCAAUUUGUCUUUGCAAAUGUAAAUUUACUAAAAAGAAACUUUUUGGCAGUACUUAAAUUUGCUAACAUAGUAUUUGAUGGAUCUGAAUUUUAUAAUUGUGUGUGUGUGUGUUGUUGGUUAUUAGGGAUACUGUGUGAUUUCUUAUAUAAAUAUGUUCAAAUAUUAAUAUAGAUUUUCUUUGCUGAAAUGUCCAGACUUUGCAUGGUAUUUUUCUAUCAAAGUGAUUUUGCAAGUACAAAUCAAAUAGAGGAAGAAGCAGAGCGUUGGGGCUCUCUUUACCCUUAACAUUCAAUAUAAAACACAUUGUGGAAUGAUGAAUAGUCAUUCUUUUAUUCUUCUGAUUUGGUAAGUCAAAUCUUUGAAAAGAUUGAUAAAGCUGCCUUCUCCAACUUAAUAUGGCAAAGAAUUCAACAGUUGCCGCAUAUCUAGGGGAUGCUACAAGGAUAAGGUUGUCUAAUUUCUGAUGUAAUCUGUUUUAUCUCCUUUUUAUAGUAACAAGAAUUCUACCAUUAAUAGGUUGCAGAUAGAGUGUACGUUGUAUGCAGAACCCAUGGUGGUAUGUAAUUUAUAAUAAGUAUAGUUAGCCUAACACCCUCUACCCCAUUUGUUAAAAACCUCUGUGAGACAACUGCCAACUAAAUGUACAUUCAGUAAGAUUCUGCUAAUUCAGAAUAUUAAUUCUAAAUUUGGAAAAGUAGGGUUCAACCUGGAUAAAUUAAAAAAUAGUCACACAUUGUGUAAUUAUAGCAAGUUCCUGCACAUUAUUCUGAAAUUGUUCAGAAUAAUCAUUUUUUUUCUAAUUGCUUCCCAGUCAAAUCGGAGAAAAUUAUGGAGAGAAGUGUGCAGAUAUAUUUGCUUGUCUUCUGAUUUGCACCAUAAUGUUAACAUGAACCUUUUUGAAUAUGACAAGUGUGCUUUGGAA